AUGAUGAAAGUGAAUGAAUGAAUGAGGAAAGGAAAGGGUAAGUGGAACCAGAAUUUUCAAUAUUUCCGUGCCAAUCUUUUCUGUUUACACGUAAACCCGCACUCCGCACAAACCAACUCCAUCGCACACACUUUCACUUCUUAUUCUUCAUCUUCCGAUUCAUUCUUCCCUAACUCAAUUUCACUACUCAUCCUCAAUCUCAAGGGCAAACAAAAUUAGAAGGAUCGUGCAUUUAUAUAGGUUGAUGAAGGUGAAAUCAUGCUAAUUGUUAUUUCUGGUUGCUGGAGAUAAAGCACGAUGGGCGGUUGUUGCUGUUGUGCUUCCAAGGAGACUGUAUUGAGUGCUCCACCUGCUUACUAUUAUCAGUAUCCAAGAGCAUCUGAGGAGCAUGUUCCGCUAUCUUCUCACCAGGGUGCUCCCUCUGCUUUCUCUGGAAGGCUCUUGGUUGAUACUAAUCUAGAUACUUCGAGUCCUGAUACUUAUAGACCACCUCCUGCUCCUCUCCCUUUCAACGUGACACCUGGUGCCACUCAGACUGCACCUGUGGCUCAAGAAAUUAGCUGUGAGAAGAACAAUACAUCCUCGCUUUCUACAAAUUCUAAUUCAGUUCAAGAACCAUCUGGAGAUAAUCAUGGAACCUCACCUAAGUCGGAAGAACCGAAGGAAUCAGAAUGCAAAGGUCAGACUGAUUUAGAGCUAGAUUCGGCAAAGGAUUCUGAAAUUGAACUUUCAAAGUUAGGUGAACCUAUAAAUUUAGAGGAAGAGGAGGAUACAUGCCCAAUAUGUUUAGAAGAAUAUGAUGCAGAAAAUCCGAAACUCACCAUAAACUGUGACCAUCAUUUUCACCUUGCUUGCAUUCUGGAAUGGAUGGAAAGAAGUGAAUCUUGCCCUGUCUGCGAUCAGGUUAUGGUUUUAAGCCCUUCCAUUGUAUAGUACAUAUCUUUGAUAUCAACAUGAGAGGCACGAGAGUCAGAUAUAAUGCAUGAUAGUUUUUGAGAAGCUAGGUUACAAAACCAUACUAGUAUGGCAAACUGCGCAUAUGGCUGUAUUUUGAUUGUUUAGUUUUCUGCAUUUCCCUGGGGUUGAAUCCAUUUUUCAUGCAGAGUCCUUUAUGUUGGUUUCAGGAAUUUAAGGGAGGGUGGGGUGUUGACAUUGUAUAGUUUUCCAAUUGCAAAGUGAUAUCAAGAUACUACAUGA